AAUGUACUCUUUGGUUUAUUUGAUGAAAUAUGAAACGUCAGUCAUUAAAGUCAUGUUGUAAUAAAAACACGUUUUCUUUACAAAAAAUACAAUUAUUCACAAUAAUAGCGUAAACAUGGUACAAAACCGAACCGGAUAGUUAAAAUAAAAGAACAGUGAAGUGUACAAGUAGUCUACGACAUAUUUACGUAUAGGUAUUUACAUAAAAUUUACGAAAUUUUCAUUUAACAUGAAUACAGCCGAGAAACUUAUUGCACUACAAAUAGACAGUUUAGAAAUAACGGCAAAGGCCCACGUGAACUACAACAAGUAUCCAAAAGAAAAAAUUACGUCAGGAUAUGUAGAAGGGCGGUUAGAAACUUUGGAAAAUAACUACAAGGAAUUCAAAAGCACCCAUCAAAGGUUGAUUACUACCGUUUCAGAAGAAGAUAAGUGCAAAUUAUCUUACUUUACAGAAGAUCUAUACGACACAUUUGAAGAACGUUAUCAUACAUACAAGGCGCUCGUUGAUGUAGCGUCGGAGUGUGGACAACCAUUGGUCUGCAGAGCACUGAUCCAUCAAGGGUCCGAAGCUUCAUUUGUCACAGCUCGGGUAGCCGAGUUGUUAAGGUCGAAGAAAACGGCAAAUAGCAAAGAGUUUCCUAGGAUCAGCGAAGACAACAACAUGUGCAUCAAAGGCAAGGUGGAUUUACAAAUCUCGUCGAGGUAUACACCAGAUUUUACUGUGAAGUCGCUCUAUGGAUACAUCUCCACGUCGAGAAACGUGUCCAAAGAAAGUGAGGAUGCGAGCCUGAACGAUGGAGGAUAG